CGAUGCGCGCGCGUCCUGCCCGUCGGACUCAGGUCGGUUUCGCUCCCGAGAGCCACCGCGCCAGCAGCAGCAGCCGCGGCCCAGCGAGAGAAAGGACGUAGAGCGGCCCCCCGCCGCGGUCCGGCGAACGCGUGCGUGUGUGUUUAUCUAGAAGUGUGUGUGUGUACGUGCGUGUUAGUGAGUGAGUGUAACAUCCACAUUGCACCUGCGGUGUCACUUCAGUGCCCCGACACCGAAGACAUUGUAGUGGCCAACAUGACCUGCAACGAGACGACACCACACAGGCGACUGCGCGUCGAAAAAGCUAUGUGGUGGCUGCCGCUCGCGGCCGCGCUCCUCAUGGCGGCCGAGGCUGUCGCGACGGUGACCGCCGCCGCUACUGCCGACGGGAAGGUGCUGCCAGCCGCGCGCGCCUCCACGGACGCCGGCGACUCCACCGAGUCCUUCCUGUCCAUGGCCAGCUGCGCCGCCCAGAAGGAUGCGAUGCGAUGCCUAGAGCAGCGCGCGUCUCGGUACCGCAGCCAGCUUCUGGACGAGCGACGCGCCUGGGACUCCAGGGCGCUGCAGGACUCGGACGCCGACGCCGACACGGCCGUCAAGGCCACGGAGGCCAUCCUGGACGGCCUGGUGCCCGACGUCCCCGGCGAGGACGCCAUGGAGGCCAAGGAUGCCGUCGCCGGUCACAACAGCCGAGGACACAAGCUCAAGAAGAAAAUCCACAAGAUCAUCAAGAUCAUCAAGAUCAUCAUCUUCAUCGUCGUGGUCAAGCUCAAGAUGGUCUUCGCGAUGUUGAUGAUGCAGACGCUGUUCCAGUUCAAGCUCGUGGCCAUCACCUUCAUGAUCCUGCUCAUCAAGAAGUACUACCUGUGGGUGGAGUGGAAGCACAAGAAGGAGGAGAAGAAGGCCGUGGUGUACUACGAGCACGCGCAGCACCAGCACCACUACGACGAGACGGACCACUUCCACGACGGCCUCGGCGGCCUCCUGGGCGGCCAGCACGGCUACGACAAGCACGCGGACCCGAGCGGUGCAGGCGCGGGCGGCGGCGCCGAGGCGGCCGGCGGCUGGGGCGGCUGGUGGGGCAAGCGCAGCGCCGAGUUCCCCACGCCGCAGGUGCCCGUGGUGGCGGCCGCCGCCAACCUGGGCGCGCAGCAGAUGGCCUACAACGCGUACCGGCCGGCGCAGGCCGCGGCGCAGAUGGUCGGCUGAGGGCGGCGCGGGGCGCAUAGCGCGCGGCGGCAGGGAGGGAAGGCCCAGGCCGACCGGGGAGGCAGGGUGGACGAGCUUUGAUCAGGGCUCGGUCCCGCGAGCGGGGGAAGGCCCUUGCACGGCACCCGUCACUCGCCCAGAUUAAGUCCUGAUCUGAUCCUGAUCCGAACCUCCGUCUCCUUUAUCUUUAUUGCGUCCUUUUUUCAAGGAAAACUAGGGAAAGUCGGCGUUCUGCGACCGACGGAAGCAAGUAUACGCUAUGGGCGAGCCCAAAUUUUAAGACCCGCCGUUUCGUCGCGCGGAACACAAAAGAAUGAAGGGGUGGCAGCAGGUGGCAGGGCUGCGCCCGCGCCUGCGACACUGCGACAGCCACGGCCGGGGGCCACGAGCAGCCAUGACCACCUGUGCGAAAUCGCGCACAGAAAAAGUGCCGCCCGACUCAGUGCGGGGUCCCGAAAGGACAUCUUGAUUUUCCCUCUGUGAUAAGGUUAGACACUUUGCUUUGAUGUCGCGGGCGGCGAUGCAGCCAGAGACUUCUUGCUCAUUUCUCCGGGCAGCGGUCGAGAAAGGGAAAAGGAAUGAUGUGGGGUAUGCAUGCAUAUUCGUCUGAACACGAUACUAUAUCAUCCGCUGAUCAUCUUGCUUGACAAGUUUUUCGGGUGGGCUACUACAGGCUCUCCAAUACCACUAGGACUAGGUUUUCUCCGGACCGUUCGUCCAGCUAUGCAUAUUUCCUGCAAUUGGCGUAACUCGAAAUCAAAAAGGUUUGGCCAUUUAUUGAAAAAAACAAACAAACAUGAGUACUUGCUCAAUAGCGUGUAGGUUUGUGAAUAGAUUAUUUUCUUUCGAUGAUGCAGGGCCGCGUUUUGUUGUGCCGUAUCGGAUAUUUCAAAAUUAGUGUACCUUUGUUAUUUAUUGUGAGACUGUUUUUGUUGUUGUGUGUUAACUUAUUGUACUUAUUACUUAUUUAUGUAUUUAUUUUUCAUCAUUAAGAAUCAAUGUUCAAUAAAAUGAAUUUCUCACAGAAUACAA